AUGGCGAAGGGAGACAAGAAACCAGCGGAGAAGAAACCGGCGGAGAAAGCUCCGGCGUCAGAAACCACGGCGGCUGCUGCAGAGAAGAAACCGAAAGCCGGGAAGAAGCUACCGAAGGAUUCAACCUCCGUCGCCGGAGACAAGAAGAAGAAGCGGUCGAAGAAGAGCGUCGAGACUUACAAGAUCUACAUCUUCAAGGUUCUGAAACAGGUGCAUCCAGAUAUCGGAAUCUCGAGCAAAGCCAUGGGGAUCAUGAACAGUUUCAUCAACGAUAUCUUCGAGAAACUCGCCGGAGAGUCUUCUAAGCUUGCGAGGUACAACAAGAAGCCGACGAUUACUUCCCGGGAGAUUCAGACGGCGGUGAGGCUUGUUUUGCCCGGAGAGUUGGCGAAACAUGCUGUUUCUGAAGGUACCAAGGCGGUGACCAAGUUCACGAGUUCUUAG